AUGUCCAAGAAGUUUGAUAUCAUUAUUGUCGGGGCAGGCAUUGGAGGAGCUACGCUCGCCCUUGCCCUCGCAUGCUCUUCGACGGCUCACUUUAUCACCGUCCUCGAGUCCUCCUCAGUUAUCACUGAGCUCGGCGCUGGCAUUCAAGUUACCCCUAACUUCACACGAAUUCUGACCCAACUCGGGUUGGGUAACUCUCUCGCCGCAGUUGGCGUCCAGCCCCAAUACAUGCGUCAAGUGCGCUGGGAGGAUGGCAAAACAUUGACCCACUUCAAUGUCAACGCAGACGACCGUAUGGAAGGCUUAUUCGGGUACAAGUACUGGCAUGUGCACCGCAAGGAUUUGCAUAGGUUGCUGUACGAGAAGGUGUUGCAGAGAGGAGUGGUCGUGAAGCCCGGUGUGAAGGCUACAAGCUGGGAGCAUGGCUCUGAUGGGCGAGAAAUAGUGCACUGCGAUGAUGGAACUAUCUAUGAGGCUGAUCUAGUAGUGGGAGCUGAUGGAGCGAGGUCACUGAUGGCCGACCUGGUUACGGGACAUAAAGUCCAAAGCAUGGCUACGGGCGACAGCGCUUACCGUGCGCUUCUCCCAGCAGCGGUGAUGGACGCUCCGGAAUUUGCGUCACUGGAGCUGCGGAAGUAUGCGACGACAUGGUUGGGGCCAGGACGACACAUCGUCUCUUACUAUGUCUGCGACGGAGCGUUUUAUAACAUCGUGAUCAUCGUGCCGGAUGAACCCGGCGAGGAAUCGUGGAAGAAGCUUGGAGACAUGCCGGCACUGCGAAAGCAGUUUAUGAACUGGGAUCCACGAAUCAAAAAGUUGCUUGGAAUGAUCGACGAGUCUUAUGUUUGGAAAUUAAGAGAUCGACCCAGCCUGAGCAAAUGGGUGCAUGAUGAGGGCAAUCUAGUCCUUGUAGGAGAUUCGGCGCAUCCGAUGCUGCCAUAUAUCGCGCAAGGAGCGGCGAGUGCAGCCGAGGAUGCAAUGGCAUUGGCGACAUGUUUGGAGUUUGUGGUGGAAGGAAAGAGGGAUUUGCGCAGUGUAUUGAAGGUUUACGAGAGUUUGCGGGUGCCCCGGACGGCCCAUAUGAGGGAUGCAGCGAGGGCAAAUAAAGAAUACUUCCAUCUUCCUGAUGGACCACAACAAGUAAUUCGAGAUGAAGCACUGCGAGCGGAUGGAUUGACGGGGGAGACUCCCAACCAGCUCAAUGAUGUUCAGAAGCUAAAAGUGUUGUAUAGUUACGAUGUCAAGCAGGAAGUGGUGGAUCAUUUUAGGGCACUAGAUGCCAAGAUGUAG